AUGGCCACCUCAGCAAUCGCCGGCACGACGUCACGACUCCGCAAGACGUUCAAAGCCGCCAUCGACGGCGAUGAUUCUGACAUACCCUCGGACAUGGAUGAGCAGGAACAGGACGAGUUGAUCGAAAAAAUCAGCUCCUCGAAUGAUUCCGCCAACCUACUGUACACACGGAUAUUCACAGUGCUGCCUUUGGUGGGCGUGCUGCCGUUCUUGUGGACGUUGCUUUCAGGAAGGUCCUUCCUUCCGUGCUUAUUGGGUAUAAGUAGUCUCCUACUCAGCAGCCUGACAAUGGGAUUCAUCCCGUUGGACACAUCUGCGAACCUUGGCAGCAACAGCGAGCCUACACUCUCAAGCCUAGCACAUGCCCGUGCCUCGCGUCGCAACGCCUCCGCCGCCGGCCGCGGCGCCUUGCUUGGUCUGGACCUACCCUUCGAGCUCAUCAGCGUCGACGAAGGCAGUCCGGUCAGGCGAUACGCAUUGGUACUGGAUGGAGUAUUGAGUGCGAUCAUGGCGGUCGGGGGUUUCAUGUUGAUGGGUAGAGACUCGAAAGAGGUUGGAGAUGGAGGGUUUUGGUUGUUGUGUUUGCUGCCGGGGGUGAUGUGUGUCGUUGUGGUCGUUGUGAGGGGUGCGAUGAGGGAUGCGGAGAGGGGGUUGGGUGGGUUGCGGGCGCUUGGGGAGAGGGGGGGUUUCAAGGGUGCUUGA